AUGUUGUCACGGAUAGCAGCGCUGCUACUCUCAGGAGCCGCCAUUCUGGGCGCGCAAGCCCAAACAGCCGCCCUUCCUGCAGAACUCGUCGGCACUUGGACGAGCAAGGCGAACUCGACCAUGACCGGACCUGACUUCUACGACCCCGUAAAUGAGAAAUUCACCGAGCCCAAGCACACGGGCAUCAGCUACUCCUUUACUGCCGAUGGACAUUUUGAAGAGGCAUACUACCGCGCUGUCGCAAACCCAACAGAUCCCAAAUGCCCCAAGGGCAUAAUCCAAUGGCAGCACGGAACCUACGAGAAACUCGCAAACGGUUCUCUGGUCCUCAAGCCCAUCAAGGUGGACGGCAGACAGCUUUACUCCGACCCGUGCUUUUACAAGAACUCCGUCUACACACGAUACAAUGCGAGCGAACUAUUCGAUCAUUACGAGUACGUUGCCUCGGACGCCUACCACAAGAUCCCGCGCAUCACCCUCUACAAAUGGGACGGCGCGCCCAUGAUGCCUCUGUACCUUGCCAUGUCCACGCCGAAAAUGCUACCUACCACGACCCUCAACCCUCUCGUGACGCAAACCCCUUCAGCCAAGAACUCGAAGCGCGGCGAACUACCUAUGAACCACGAAGUGCUGUACAAGAGGACGCCUGGCGCCGCCAGGGCUGAGCAGUGGUGGUGGUUCGGCGUUUUUAUGACAGCGGGUGGGAGUGUGCUCUACUACUUCUUCUAG